CAUUUAAUUCACAUCAUUUAUGUCUCUUUACCGUUUCUAAAAUCUGAUAUCAGCUUUGCGCCACCUGUUAUGAGGACGUUGCAGCGUCUGCACGUAAUGCAAAGCAGAAUCCUUCUCUCUCUCUCCUCUCUCCCUGUCUCAGCAAUCGAAACUUCACAAUACUUUUUCCACCACCACGAUCUCUCCUCCCCCCCCCCCCCACACCCGCGCAAAUCCCCCCCUUCUCUGUACCUAUACAUACCUACACACACCCCCCCCCUUUAUUCUCUUGUACUUCUCUCUCUCUCUCUCUCUCUCUCUCUCUCUCUCUUCUCGUGCUAUGUCUGAAUCAGUUGCGUAAUUGAGACCGAUCUAUUGCGAAGAUGUUGGAAGAUCAGGUGACAUAUUUGUUGCAGAGGUACCUCGGCAAUUAUGUGCGGGGUCUAAACAAAGAAGCCCUAAAGAUCAGCGUCUGGAAAGGUGAUGUAGAGCUAACAAAUAUGCAACUGAAGCCAGAAGCAUUGAAUGCAUUGAAGUUACCUGUGAAGGUCAAGGCCGGAUUCCUUGGGUCAGUGAAGUUGAAGGUUCCAUGGAGCAGGCUUGGCCAAGAUCCAGUUCUAGUCUCCUUGGAUCGUAUUUUUUUGCUAGCUGAACCUGCAACUCAAGUUGAAGGGUGCAGUGAAGAUACUGUCCAAGAGGUUAAGAAAAGCCAAAUACGAGAAAUGGAAAUGAAGCUCUUGGAGAGUAGACAACUGUUUAAGUCAGAAAUGAACAAAUCGUGGCUGGGGUCAUUGAUCGACACAAUAAUUGGCAACUUGAAGCUUUCGAUUUCGAAUAUUCACAUCAGAUAUGAAGAUAUUGAGAGCAAUCCUGGUCAUCCAUUUUCAGCUGGUGUUACCUUGGAGAGGCUAUCAGCUGUGACAGUAGAUGAUAAUGGCAAAGAGACUUUUGUCACGGGUGGUGCCCUCGAACGUAUUCAGAAGUCUAUAGAACUCAAGAGUCUAGCAGUUUAUUUGGAUUCUGACAUUUCUCCAUGGACUAUUGAUAAACCAUGGGAGGGUUUGCUACCUAUGGAAUGGAGUCAGGUUUUUAUGUUCGGCACAAAGGAUGGCAAACUGGCUGGUAGUCCUAUUAGAAGGCACACAUAUGUUUUGCAACCAGUGACUGGAAAUGCAAAGUACUCAAAGCUGCGGCCAAAUGUGUCUGUAAAUAGUGGUCAACCAUUACAAAAAGCUGCUGUGAACUUGGAUGAUGUUACACUCUGUUUAUCCAAGAAUGGUUACAGGGAUCUACUGAAAUUAGCUGAUAACUUUGCUGCUUUUAAUCGAAGACUAAAACAUGCUCAUUUCCGUCCGUUUGUCUCGGUGAAAUCCAAUCCAAGAGCUUGGUGGAAGUAUGCCUAUAAAGCUGUUUCAGAGGAGUUGAAGAAGGCUAGCGGGAAGCUACCAUGGGAGCAGGUCCUGAAGUAUGCAAGGUUGCGUAAAAGAUAUAUACCUUUAUAUGUUUCUCUUUUGAAAUCCGACCUUAGUAAGCUGGUGGUUGAUGACAACAAAGAAAUUGAGGAACUGGAUCGGGAACUUGACAAUGAACUCAUACUUCAGUGGAGGAUGUUGGCUCACAAGUUUGUGGAACAGUCAGUAGAGUCAGAUCUCCGCACUAGACAGAGACCAAAGAAGUCAUGGUGGUCAUUUGGAUGGAAUAAUCAAUCUGAUAAAGAUGAAAGUGGGCCAGGGGGUUUCGGAGAGGAAGAUUGGGAACAACUGAAUAAGAUUAUUGGAUUCAAAGAAGGUGAUGAUGGACAAUUUCUAACAUCCCAUGACAGGGGUGAUGUGCUUCAUUCUGCAGUGGAGGUUCACAUGAGACAUAAUGCUUCAAAACUUACUGAUGAUGAUGAGUGUCUGGCUGAAUUAUCAUGUGACAAUCUUGAUUGCUUUGUAAAGCUUUAUCCGGAGGCCAAAGUUUUUGAUGUGAAAUUGGGAUCAUAUCAGUUGUCAUCGCCAAAUGGUCUCCUUGCCGAGAGUGCAACUGCCAGUGAUUCGUUAGUUGGUGUCUUCUGCUAUAAGCCUUUCGAUGUUAAGUUGGACUGGAGUAUGGUUGCUAAAGCUUCUCCAUGUUAUGUGACUUACCUGAAGGAUUCCAUCGAUCGAAUUAUCAAUUUCUUCGAAAGCAAUACUGUGGUUAGUCAGGCCGUAGCUCUGGAAACUGCUGCUGCAGUGCAGAUGACAAUUGACGAAGUUAAACGCACUGCACAGGAACAAGUGAACCGAGCAUUAAAGGAGCAAGCCAGGUUUCUUUUGGACUUGGAUAUUGCAGCUCCCAAGGUUACCAUUCCGACAGAUUUUUCUCCAGACAACUACCAUUCCACUAAACUUUUGCUUGACUUUGGAAACUUGAUAAUCCGCAGUCAGGAUGACAGUGAAUCUAGUUCAGCUGAUGAUAUGAAUCUAUAUUUGCAAUUUGAUCUCAUCUUGAGUGAUGUAUCUGCUUUUUUGGUGGAUGGUGACUAUUCUUGGAGUCAAACCUCUUCGAUUAGCUCUGCUGAUUCUAACAAGUUUAAGGUUGUCAGUUUUUUACCAGUAAUUGAUAAGUGUGGGGUGAUCUUAAAGCUUCAACAGAUCCGCUCAGAGAAUCCCUUGUAUCCUGCAACAAGACUUGCUGUGCGGCUUCCAUCACUAGGGUUCCAUUUCUCUCCAGCUCGUUACCACAGAUUGAUGCAGAUUGCGAAAAUCUUCCAGGUGGAAGAUAGUGAGAAUGCAGAUCUAAUUCAACCUUGGCAUCAAGCUGAUUUUGAGGGGUGGUUGCCAGUUCUUACUUGGAAGGGUGUGGGAAACAGGGAAGCGGUAUGGCAGCGCAGAUACUUAUGCCUAGUUGGGCCUUUCCUUUAUGUACUUGAGAGCCCUGACUCUAAAUCCUACAAGCACUGUAUCAGCCUGCGAGGAAAACAACUGUAUCAGGUUCCUCCUGAGAUUGUUGGCAAUGUGGAACGUGUUUUGGCUCUGUGUGAUCUCUUAAAGUCGACUAACAAGGUUGUGGAAGAUGGCAAUGCCCUGAUACUACGGUGUGAUUCUGAAGAUUCAAAAAAAACCUGGCAGAACCGCCUACAGGGGGCAAUUUAUCGUGCAUCGGUUUCUGCUCCUAUUGCUGGUCUAUCUGAGACUUCGUCUGAUGCUGAAGAUUCGGGAGCAAAACUUGUUGAAAACCGUGAUGUAAUGGAUGUAUCAUACAUGGAGAAAGUCUUUGUAACUGGAGUUCUAGAUGAAUUGAAGAUAUGCUUCAACUAUAAUCGUCUGCAUGAGCAGAGUUUUACAAAGGUGCUUUUAGCUGAGGAGGGUCGUUUAUUUGAAUUUCGAGCAAUUGGUGGUCAGGUCGAACUUUCAAUUAGGGCGAAUGACAUAUUCAUUGGCACAGUUCUGAAAUCUCUAGAGAUAGAAGAUUUAGUUUGCCGCAAAGGAGGGUCUCCGCCUUGUUAUUUGGCAAGGUCAUUUAUCCGAAGCACAGAUGCAACUUCUGUAAAUUCUGGUUUAUUCGACAGCAGUGAUUUUGAUCAAUGUGAAGGAGAUGACAAGUUUUAUGAGGCAUCAGAGAAUCUAAAUGAUUCUGUUGACAGUCCCAUGCGAAACAUUUCCGAGUAUCUAAGUUCCCGAAGUUCUGUGUUGGAAAAAUCACUUUUAAAGCCACCUAGUUUUAGUCGUGUUAUUGGUCUACUUCCUAAUGAUUCCUUACAAAGUAGCAGUGAUGGUGUCGAAUCAGCAGAUAAAUUGGAUAGUUUUGUGAAGGCUCAAGUAAUAAUUUAUGACCAGAGCUCACUUCUGUAUCAUAAUAUCGAUAAGCGGGUGGCUGUGACCCUCGCUACCUUAUCAUUUUUUUGUCGCAGGCCAACAAUACUAGCCAUACUGGAAUUUGUAAAUGCUAUUAACAUUCAGGAUGGAAGCUGUGAAUCUUUCAGUGAUAAUUCACCUGAAGCCAUUCCUCAGCAUGAUCUCUCAGGGGAACAAGGGGUUGAUAAUAGCCUCUCUACUUCUGCAGUUGAUGAGCAUAUUGUUAAAGGUUUGUUAGGAAUGGGGAAAUCGAGGAUCAUUUUCUAUUUAACAUUGAAUAUGGCUCGCGCUGAGAUUUUGUUGAUGUAUGAAAAUGAACGCAAGCUUGCGACUCUGUCACAAGAUAAUUUGCUUACUGAUAUUAAGGUCUUUCCAUCUUCCUUUAGCAUAAAGGCGGCCCUCGGAAAUCUGAGAAUAAGUGACGACAGUCUCCCUCGUGACCAUAUGUAUUUCUGGGUUUGUGACAUGAGAAAUCCUGGUGGUAGCUCAUUUGUGGAGUUGGUCUUUAGUUCAUUCAGUGUUGAUGAUGAAGACUACGAGGGUUAUGAUUAUAGUUUCUUUGGGCAGCUUUCAGAAGUACGCAUUGUAUAUUUGAAUCGCUUCAUCCAGGAGGUGGCGAGUUACUUCAUGGGCCUUGUUCCCAGCAAUUCAAAGGAUGUUGUAAAGAUAAAAGACCAAGUAACAAACUCAGAAAAGUGGUUUACGACAAGCGAAUUUGAAGGAUCACCAGCUCUCAAGAUGGAUCUUUCACUUAGGAAGCCUAUAAUAUUAAUGCCUCGGAGAACGGAUAGUCUCGACUAUCUGCAGCUAGAUGUUGUUCAUAUAACUGUCCAGAACACCUUUCAGUGGCUGUGUGGCAGUAAACGUGAUAUGAAUGCUGUCCAUGUGGAAAUACUAACGGUUCGGGUUGAAGACAUCAACUUAAAUGUGGGUACUGGGACAGAUAUAGGCGAGAGUAUAAUUCAAGAUGUGAAGGGGAUUAGUGUUGUCAUUCAGAGGUCUCUUCGAGACUUGUUGCAUCAGAUUCCAAGUAUGGAAAUAGCAAUUAAGAUUGAAAAACUCAAGGCAGCUCUGUCUAACAGAGAAUACCAGAUAAUUACAGAAUGUGCGCUUUCUAAUGUGUCAGAGACUCCAAAUAUAGUUCCCCUACCGAGUCAUGAUUCUGGAAAGUCUCCGAUUGAGAAGGGUGAACCUUUUGUCAGUCAGGGUUCAGGUGCUGUUGAUUCUGAAGCCCAAAAUAGGCUGACAUGGAUGGCAAUGAAGGUUUCUAUUGACAUUAAUCUGGUUGAAUUAUGCCUGCUUCAUGGUAUAGCAAGAGAUUCAUCUCUGGCAACUUUGCAGAUUAGUGGGGCAUGGCUUCUCUACAAGUCUAAUACGCUAACUGAAGGUUUUCUUUCAGCAUCCCUUAAGGAUUUUAGCGUGAUUGAUGAUCGUGAGGGAACAGAACAAGCACUUAGACUGGCAGUUGGAAAGCCUAGAACUUAUGAGUAUGGUCAUUCACAAUAUUUGACUGAUGAUGAAGACCGUCACAUGGCUGGGACAGAUAUGCUGGAUAAUGUUGAUGCAAAAUUAGUUCCUACAAUGCUUAUUCUAGAUGCCAAAUUUGGUCAAUAUUCAACAUUUGUUUCUUUAUGCGUUCAAAGGCCACAAUUGCUUGUUGCACUUGAUUUUCUGCUGGCUGUAGUUGAGUUUUUUGUUCCAUCAGUUCGCAGUAUGCUGUCAAAUGAAGAAGAUGACAGCUCGCCUCACAUACUUGACGCGGUCAUUCUGGAUCAACCAAUUUAUAGUCAACCAUCUGCUGAGUUUUCAGUCUCCCCUCAGAGACCUUUGGUGGUUGAUGAUGAAAGAUUUGAUCAUUUUAUUUAUGAUGGUAUAGGUGGAACUUUGUGCUUACGUGACAGACUAGGAGUCAUUCUCUCUUCUCCUAGUUCUGAAGCUAUAAUCUAUGUUGGCAAUGGGAAAAGACUGCAAUUUAGAAAUGUGUUUAUCAAGAAUGGGCGAUAUUUGGAUUCAUGUAUCUUUCUGGGAACCAACAGUAGCUAUUCGGCAUCAGAGAAUGAUAAAGUCUAUCUUGAGGAAGGUGAUGAAGGUCCUCAACUAAAUUCUUCAGGUCAAAUUGGUGCUGGUGUAGCAUCUCAAAAUACUACUAAUCGGAGUUCCACUGAGUUAAUCAUCGAGCUGCAGGCUAUUGGUCCGGAGCUUACCUUCUACAAUACAUCAAAAGAUGCGGGAGAAUCACAGCUCUCUAACAAACUUUUACAUGCACAGUUGGAUGCCUUUUGCAGGCUUGUUUCGAAGGGCGACACUGUUGAAAUGAAUGCAAAUGCACUUGGAUUAACUAUGGAGAGCAAUGGCAUCAGAAUUUUGGAGCCCUUUGACACCUCCAUCAAGUUUUCGAAUGCGUCUGGAAAGACAAAUAUCCAUUUUUCUGUCUCCGAUAUUUUUAUGAAUUUUUCGUUUAGCAUCUUGAGGCUAUUUUUAGCAGUUGAAGAGGACAUUUUAUCAUUUCUGAGAACGACGUCAAAGAAAAUGACUGUAGUCUGCUCUGAGUUUGACAAAGUUGGGACAAUUGAAAAUGCCUACGGUGAGCAAGUAUUUGCAUUUUGGAGACCGCAUGCACCACCUGGUUUUGCUGUCCUUGGAGAUUAUCUGACACCACUUGAUAAGCCACCAACGAAAGGAGUUCUUGCUGUGAAUACCAGUCUUGCUAGAGUUAAGAGACCUGUAUCUUUCAAGCUAGUUUGGCCUCCCACUGCAAAUGGGGAUAUCUCUGAAGUUCAAGAUAUAAAUAACCAUGGCAUAUGCUCCAUUUGGUUCCCUGAAGCACCUAAGGGCUAUGUUGCAUUGGGCUGUGUGGUUUCAACCGGAAGGAGGCAACCUCCGUUAUCUUCUGCUUUCUGCAUCUUGGCCUCUUUAGUUACGCCAUGUGCUCUUAGGGAUUGUAUUACGAUCAGCUCUAACACUUUCAGCUCAUCCAGCUUGGCAUUCUGGCGCGUGGACAACUCUAUUGGUACUUUCUUGCCAGCAGAUCCCUCUACUUUGAGCGUGAUUGGUAGAGCAUAUGAAUUGCGUCAUAUAUUAUUCGGAUUUCUGGGAACAUCUUCAACAUCAAAGAGUUCAUAUCAUGAAGCAUCCCCUUCUGAACAUGCACAAGACGUUCAGUCAGAGAGAACAUCAGUUGUACACUCUGGACGGCGUUUUGAGGCUGUUGCUAGUUUUCGAUUGGUGUGGUGGAACCAAGGUUCAAGCUCAAGAAAGAAAUUGUCUAUAUGGUGUCCCAUAGUUCCUCCAGGAAUGGUAUAUUUUGGAGAUAUUGCUGUACAGGGGUAUGAGCCUCCAAACACGUGCAUUGUACUCCAUGAUUCUGAAGGCGAUGAUCUUUUCAAACCCCCUCUGGAUUUUCUGCUUGUUGGACAGAUAAAGAAACAAAGACGAAUGGAGAAUAUUUCCUUUUGGCUGCCUCAAGCUCCCCCAGGUUUUGUUGCCUUAGGUUGUGUUGCAUGUAAGGGCACACCAAAGCAAUCGGAUUUCAGCUCAUUGAGAUGUCUGCGCAGUGAUAUGGUUACUGGGGGUCAAUUUCUAGAGGAAAGUAUAUGGGACACAUCUGACGUUAGGUUUAUGAAAGAACCAUUUAGUAUAUGGAUUGUCGACAAUGAGUUGGGAACCUUUGUUGUCCGUAGUGGUUUUAAGAAACCUCCGAGAAGGUUUGCUGUAAAGCUUGCAGAUCGAGACUCACCAAGUGGUCCAGAUGACAGUGUCAUUGAUGCAGAAAUUGGAACAUUUUCUGCAGCACUUUUUGAUGACUAUGGUGGCAUGAUGGUCCCGCUGUUCAACAUUUCUUUAAGCGGGAUUGGGUUAAGCUUACAUGGAAGGCCGGAGUUCUUGAAUUCUGCCAUCAGCUUCUCAUUGGCUGCGAGAUCGUAUAAUGAUAAGUAUGAAGCGUGGGAGCCUCUUGUUGAGCCAGUUGAUGGAUUCUUAAGGUACCAAUAUGAUUGCAAUGCCCCAGGCGCUACUUCUCAGUUACGUCUUACCUGUACGAGGGAUCUGAACUUGAAUGUUUCAGUGUCUAAUGCUAACAUGAUUUUCCAAGCUUAUGCCAGCUGGAGCAAUCUUAGUCAAGUGGAUAAAUCCUACAGGGAAAGACAGGAAGCAGUUUCUCCUACUUAUAGUGGAAGACCUUUCCUUGAUGUCCACCACAGGAGAAAUUAUUAUAUAGUUCCACAAAACAAACUUGGCCAGGACAUUUUCAUUAGAGCUACUGAAGUUAGGGGUCUUCCAAACGUAAUAAAGAUGCCAUCUGGAGAUAUGAAGCCUCUUAAAGUUCCAGUUUGGAAAAAUAUGUUGGAGUCUCACUUGAGAGGAAAUCUUUGUGAGAAACUUAGAUCCAUGGUGACCAUCAUAAUCGCAGAAGCUGAGUUACUUCAAGGAGGAGGGUUGUCGGAUCAUCAAUUUACUGUAGCAGUUCGUCUUAGUCUAGACCAAAGCCUCCCGGGUGGAUCACUUCUGAAUCGACAAAGUGCACGUACAUGUGGGGCCAGCUCUCACAUUGGAGGUUCUGACCUUGAAUUGGUGAUGUGGAAUGAAAUGUUUUUCUUCAGAGUUGAUUCACUGGAGUGCUACAUGGUGGAACUUAUCGUUACCGACAUGGGAAAAGGCGAACCUGUUGGAUAUUUUUCUGCUGCUUUGAAUCAGAUAGCCAGAACUUAUGAUCAUUUAGGUGAAUUCACUUGGAUAGACUUGUCUUCAGCCGAGUCAAUGGAGAUAUCUCAAGGAGAUAAAUGUCAGAAACUGUGUGGAAGAAUAAGAUGUUCUGUACUGUUACCACCAGCAAAUGAAGUUGAAGAUAAUGAGCUGUCCUUUCCUGGGGGGCGAAAGCGAGGUUUUAUUCAGAUCAGUCCUACCAGGGAAGGACCUUGGACAACUGUGAGGCUAAACUAUGCUGCACCUGCUGCUUGUUGGCGGCUGGGCAAUGAUGUUGUUGCUAGUGAAGUGAGCAUAAAGGAUGGCAAUAGAUAUGUGAAUAUUAGAUCUUUGGUGUCAGUUCGUAACAACACCGACUUCACACUUGACGUGUGCCUCAAACUCAAAGAUUCUGUUUCUGAUGGAAAUAUGAGGCCACUAGAAGGGACAAGUAAGUCUGAGGAGAUAGGGAUGGAUGUCAUUAAUAUUUUGACAGAUGAGUUCUUCGAAACUGAAAAGUACGACCCUACCCUUGGGUGGAUUAGUUGUAUGGCUCAGUCUGAGUUAGAUCGCUCAGACAGCGUGCAUUCUUGUCAGGAUACUUUUGGGAUUGAGUUACCAUCAGGCUGGCAAUGGGUUGAUGAUUGGCAUAUUGACAAGGCUUCUGUUAAUACCUCUGAUGGGUGGAUUUAUGCCCCAGAUCUUGAAAAUCUGAAGUGGCCAGAGUCAUAUGAUCCUAUAAAAUUUGUGAGCUAUGCGAGGCAGAGGAGAUGGAUCAGGAAUAGGAAACAGAUAUCAGGGGAUGUGAAGCAGCAGAUCUUUGUGGGACAACUGAAGCCUGGUGAAACUAUUCCCCUUCCUCAACCUGCCUUAACCCAUUCUUUGUUGUAUAUUCUGCAGUUAAGGCCUUUGGAUUCCAAUGGCUCCCAUGAAUAUUCUUGGAGUUCUGUAAUUGAUUGCCCGGGUAAAACUGAAAAUUCUGGAAUAUAUGUCUCGGCUCUCAAUGAGACUGAAGAACUACUAUAUUGCUCAGAGAUGAGUGCAGCUUCAUCAAAUAGUUCUCAUGGAAUGUGGUUUUAUUUAAAUAUACAAGCAACAGAAAUUGCUAAGGACAUUCAUUCUGAUCCAAUUCAAGAUUGGAAUCUUGUGGUCAAGUCCCCACUUUCUAUCACCAAUUAUCUUCCGCUAGCAGCUGAAUUUUCUGUUCUUGAGAUGCAAGACAGUGGUCACUUUCUUGUCUGCUCUAGAGGAAUUUUUUGUCCGGGGAAGACUGUAAAGGUUUAUAGCGCUGACAUUAGAAAACCUUUAUACUUUUCGCUGCUUCCACAGAGAGGGUGGCUGCCAAUACAUGAGGCUGUUCUCAUCUCCCAUCCUAGCAGAAAUCCAGUAAAGACAAUAAGCUUAAGAUGUUCAACUUCCGGAAGGGUUGUUCAGAUCAUUCUUGAACAAAACCAAAACAAGCCGGACUCACUUUCGGCAAAGAUCAUCAGGGUCUAUUCUUCAUAUUGGUUUUCAAUUGCAAGGUGCCCUCCACUUAAGCUUAGGCUUAUAGAUAUGACAGCAAGAAAACAAACACGGAAGAUUGCUUUACCUUUUCAGUCGAAAGAGAAAAAUGAAGUAAUCCUCGAGGAACUUACUGAGGAGGAAAUAUACGAAGGUUAUACAAUUGCGUAUGCAUUGAAUUUCAAAAUGUUAGGUCUCUCUGUUUCCAUCAGUCAGUCUGGUGGUGAGCAAUUUGGGCCUGCCAAAGACCUUUCUCCCCUCGGCGACAUGGAUGGGUCAUUGGAUGUUUGUGCUUACGAUGCUGAUGGCAAUUGCAUGCGGCUUUUUAUAUCUUCAAAACCGUGCCCAUAUCAAUCUGUUCCAACCAAGGUGAUUUCUGUCCGACCAUUUGUAACUUUUACAAAUAGAAUCGGUCAAGAUAUGUUUAUGAAGUUGAGCAGUGAAGAUGAACCAAAAAUUCUACAUGCAUCUGAUUCUCGGGUCUCAUUUGUAUACCGUGAAUCGAGUGGACCUACUAAACUCCAAGUCCGAUUGGAAGAUACAAAAUGGUCAUUUCCUCUUCAAAUCAUGAAAGAGGACACCAUCUAUUUGGUUUUGUGGAAGCACGACGGUGCUCGUAGAAUUUUGAGGAUGGAAAUUAGGGGCUAUGAAGAAGGAUCGCGUUUUAUUGUUGUCUUUCGCCCGGGAUCAACCAAUGGUCCAAUCAGGCUCGAGAACAGAACAGCUAACAAGACAAUAAGCGUUCGCCAAUCUGGAUUUAGUGAUGACUCCUGGGUUCAGUUAAACCCUCUUUCAACUACCAAUUUUUUGUGGGAGGAUCCCUAUGGCCAAGGACUCAUUGACGCUAAAAUUGAUGGCGGCAAUGGUACUGUAGUCUGUAAUCUUGAGUUGGAUAAGAGAGGAUCAUAUUCUGUAGAUGGUGGUUUAGGCCUGUCUUUUCAUGUUUUUGAAAUGGGUCAUAUCAAGGUUGCUAGGUUCACAGAUGACAGGUCAGGCUCUAGUUCAAAUGAAGUUGGUAAGUUACUGGCAUCUGGUGGCAAUUGGGGAACUUCUCACAUGCAGAGCAAGACACAAGAGAAUGCAGCUCCUCUCGAGCUUAUUGUUGAGCUGGGAGUUGUUGGCGUUUCUGUUGUAGACCAUAGACCAAAGGAGCUUUCGUACUUGUACCUUGAGCGAUUCUUCAUAUCUUAUUCAACUGGUUAUGACAGUGGAACUACAAGCAGGUUCAAGCUUAUAUUGGGGUACUUGCAGCUUGACAACCAGCUCCCUUUGACACCAAUGCCUGUGUUGUUGGCACCUGAGCAGACCAUUGAUAUGCAUCAUCCUGUUUUCAAGAUGACUAUAACAAUUCGCAAUGAGAACCCUGAUGGUGUCCAGGUCUAUCCAUAUGUGUACAUACGGGUAACGGAUAAGUGUUGGAGGCUUGGCAUUCAUGAGCCAAUUAUCUGGGCUUUUGUGGAUUUCUAUAACCACCUUCAACUAGAUCGUCUUCCACAAAAUUCUAGUAUCACGCAAGUUGAUCCAGAGAUACGCAUAGACCUAAUAGAUGUUUCUGAAGUGAGGCUAAAGGUGUCUUUGGAGACAUCACCAGCUCAAAGACCGCAUGGGGUUCUAGGUGUUUGGAGCCCAAUAUUGUCAGCUGUUGGAAAUGCAUUUAAAAUUCAGGUGCAUCUGAGGAGGGUGAUGCACAGAGACAGAUUCAUGAGGAAAAGCUCUGUUAUUCCUGCUAUUGGCAAUCGUUUAUGGAGAGAUUUAAUCCAUAAUCCUCUACACUUGAUUUUUUCAUUUGAUGUACUCGGAAUGACGAGCUCAACAUUAGCUUCUCUUAGUAAAGGAUUUGCAGAACUCUCAACAGAUGGACAGUUUCUGCAACUUCGUUCAAAGCAGGUAUCAUCAAGAAGAAUAACCGGGGUAGGUGAUGGAAUCAUACAAGGAACAGAAGCUCUUGCCCAAGGUUUUGCUUUUGGAGUUUCUGGAGUCGUGACGAAGCCUAUGGAGAGUGCCAGACAAAAUGGAAUACUUGGGCUUGCUCAUGGGCUGGGACGAGCAUUCCUGGGAAUCAUUGUACAACCAGUUAGUGGUGCAUUAGAUUUCUUCUCAUUGACUGUGGAUGGUAUUGGGGCAAGUUGUUCCCGCUGCUUAGAGGUUCUCAAUAGCAAGACUACCUUCCAGAGAAUUAGAAGUCCGCGGGUUAUUCGUGCAGACCAUAUACUUGGGGAAUAUAAUGAAAGAGAGGCUGUUGGUCAGAUUAUACUUUACCUUGCGGAAGCAAGUCGGCAUUUCGGGUGCACUGAGAUAUUCAAAGAGCCCUCAAAAUUUGCUUGGUCCGACUAUUAUGAAAAUCAUUUCAUCGUGCCAUACCAAAGGAUUGUUUUAGUUACUAAUAAGAGAGUGAUGCUACUGCAGUGCCUGGCCCCUGACAAGAUGGAUAAAAAACCUUGCAAGAUCAUGUGGGAUGUACCUUGGGAAGAGCUCAUGACAGUGGAGUUGGCAAAAGCUGGUUGUGCGGUACCUUCCCACUUGAUUCUCCAUCUCAAAAAAAUUAGGAGAUCAGAAGCCUUUGCCCAAGUCAUAAAGUGCACAGUGGAAAAUGAAUUAGAGGGAGGAGAAGUGCAAGCUGUUAGGAUAUGCUCUACAGUCCGUAAGAUGUGGAAAGCAUACCAGUCACACAUGAAAAGCUUGGCAUUGCGGGUUCCUUCAAGCCAGAGAUUUGUGUGCUUUGCUUGGAGUGGAGCUGAUAACGGUGAUUUGUCUACCCAGAACAAAGCCAGGGUCAAGUCAAGAAAGCUCUCCUCGUCAAGUUCGUUAUCUGACAAAAGGAGAUUUGUUAAACAUAGCAUCAACUUUAUAAAAGUUUGGAGCAGUGAACAAGAAUCAAGAGGUAGAUGCGCAUUAUGCCGAAAGCAAUUCAUUCUUCCAUUUCAUAUCAGGCUGCGGAAGAUGGUCAAAUCUGUAGCAUUUGGCGACCAGUCUGUCCUGAUGGGUAUGUCUCAGUCGGGGAUAUUGCUCGUGUCGGCACCCAUCCUCCAAAUGUUGCUGCUGUUUAUCGUUAUGUUAAGGAAUUGUUCGUACUUCCAGUUGGUUAUGACCUGGUAUGGAGGAAUUGCCAGGACGAUUACGCAAACCCCAUAUCCAUAUGGCACCCACGUGCUCCAGACGGUUUUGUUUCUCCGGGAUGCAUAGCUGUGCCCAAUUUUGAAGAGCCAGAUUCUGAUUUAGUGUACUGUGUGGCUGAAUCAAUUGCCGAGGAGACAGUAUUUGAAGACCAAAAGAUUUGGUCAGCACCAGAUUCAUAUCCAUGGGCAUGUCACAUUUAUCAGGUGAAAAGUGAUGCUCUGCACUUUGUUGCAUUGAGAUUGCCUAGAGAAGAAUCUGGUUGGAGGCCGAUGAGAGUUCUUGAUGAGCCCGAGCCCACAAUGCAACAGUAAGAAGAUUCAUGAUCGGUAAUUUGAUAGCCUUUCAGCUUUUGAACUGGGGGUGGUUGUGGUUGGUUUGUGUGUGCAAGUACUGUUUCGGGAAAAGGGUUUUACUUAAUAAGGUUCACGGCACUACCCGAAUCUAAAACAACAUAGAUGGCUUCUUUGCGAAAGCUUUUAGAUUUGUAAAAGCUUGUAGGGGAAAACAGAACCGAAAAUACUGAAAUUGUGGUUCUCUGAAUCAGUUUCUAAGCAACUUUUAGAGCUGGUGUUGGCCUAUACGUGUAAGCUGUGGCAACCACACUGACACAGCUUCCAAUGUGCCAUAACCGCAAGAGUGAUCUUCAGAAUCUAUUGCAAAGGUGCACUUAAUGUUUUCUGCAACAGGUAGCUGCUUGUGUUUGUUGAGGACGUAUAUUAUUGGGAUGUUUUUUGUGUGGCUUUGUCAUUUAUUUUGCUGUUGUGAGACUGGUAACAAAGAUUUAUAGCCUUAUGUAAAUUUUUGGUAAGGCUCAGAACUCGACAAACUGGAACCAUAAUCAAAGCUGGAAGGAUGUCAAGCAGCUUGUGCUCACGGUUUGCUUGGGAAGCUCAUCCAUUUGUAA